AUGGCAAUAACAAGUGAUUGGAGCUGCAACAUGAUGAGCAUAAUCUGCAACAUGUCCUUAGCUAUACUGAUCGUUAUAGCUUUCCCCUACUACAAUUCAAUUCUUGCAGCACCAGCACCUUCUAAAGAGUCAGAGGCAAGUGCGCUUCUCUACAGCGGGUGGUGGUCUCCCUCCGUCACCGACAACACUACCUUACCUCAUUGCGCGUGGCCCGGGGUAUUGUGCGACACCUCUGGGAGCGUCCACGGGAUUCGCUUGCCAUAUGGGUACCAAAUAGAAGGGAAUUUGAGGAGCUUGACUGAUCUCGAUUUGGGAGAAAACCAACUUGGUGGAUCUAUUCCUCCGGAAAUAGGGAAUUUGAGGAGCUUGACUGAUCUCGAUUUGGGAGAAAACCAACUUGAUGGAUCUAUUCCUCCGGAAAUAGGGAAUUUGAGGAGCUUGACUGGAUCUCGAUUUGGUAGAAACCAAAGUGGAAUUCCUCCGGAAAUAGGGAAUUUGAGGAGCUUGACUUAUCUUUAUUUGGGAGGAAACAUGGAUCUAUUCCUCUCGGAAAUAGGGAAUUUGAGGAGCUUGACUUAUCUCUAUUUGGGAGCUUGA